AUGAAGUGGUUGGUUCUCCAGCUGAUGACACUCUACUGCCUGGUGAUCAUGCCAGUGACAGGAGGUAUAGGAGAAAAACCUGAGCCUGUAACUAAGCGUCCAGAUUUCAUUUUAGUGUACCCAAAACUGAGAGAAUGUUCAAGGAAUCCCACCUGGUUCGAAUGCUACAGAACAUGCAAAUAUUCUUGGGAUUGUGCUUUUGGCUUGGAAUGCUGCUUUUCUGUCUGUGGAACUAUCUGCUUGAAUAUCAGACAAAUUGAGACUUUCACUGAGAACACUUCACCUAGCACCGAGGCAGAAACUACUUUAUAUCCCACAACCACCACUGAGAGUUGGGAUACAGGCAUAAAUUAA